AGUUUGAGUGACGAAUGAACAAGAUUGAAAUGGCAGCUACUAUUAACUUGUCCCUGCCCCUUUUGUCCCUCUGCAAACCCCCUAAGUUUCUGAAACCUCCAACAACAAGAUUUCUGCAACAUGAAUACGUAAACAGCCUCAGCCUCAGCCUCAGAAGAAGAAUCACUGAAUCAAACACUUGCAGAAAAAGAAGAGGGAUCGUGUGCGGGUUGCCAUUGCCAGUUGAUCCAUGGGCACCUACCAUUGACUCCCAGAGCAUCGCAUCCCAGCUCUUCGCGUUUUCCUUGUUUCCAUACAUCGGAUUCUUGUACUUCAUUACCAAGUCCAAGACCGCUCCCAACCUCACCCUCUUCGGCUUUUACUUCUUGCUUGCCUUUGUUGGAGCCACAAUACCAGCUGGAAUUUAUGCGAAGGUGCAUUAUGGGACUUCUUUGUCCAAUGUAGACUGGUUACACGGUGGGGCUGAGUCGCUCCUCACUCUCACUAACUUGUUCAUUGUCUUGGGUCUCAGAGAGGGUCUCAGAAAAGCUGAAAAUUCACAACGUGAUCAAAAUGCUUCCACUCCCAAUUCAGGCUUGGACGAGUAGAACAAGAAGAAACGUAGAAUGCAGAUUUGAUAUUACAAGUCAUUCUAUUGUCAGUUUCUCACUAUCAUUAUAUACUUAUAUAAUUUCAUGAUCAUGGGCUGUGUUGUAAAUAAAGUGGAUAUAAGUGCUGGAUAUUUGUGUAAUUAAAUCAUCAAUUCGAAUGAAAUGUUACAGAGUUUUGGCCAGCGUAUCCAA